AUGGGUAUCAGCCGCGACUCUCGCCACAAGCGCUCCCACACUGGUGCCAAGCGCGCCCAGUACCGCAAGAAGAGAAAGUUCGAGCUCGGUCGCCAGGCCGCCAACACCAAGCUUGGCGCCAAGCGCAUUCACGAGGUCCGUGUCCGCGGUGGCAACAAGAAGUUCCGUGCCAUGCGUCUGGAUACCGGUACCUUCUCGUGGGGCUCGGAGGCUAUCUCCCGCAAGACCCGUGUCGUCGCUGUCGUGUACAACGCGUCGAACAACGAGCUGGUCCGCACCAACACCCUGGUCAAGGGCGCCAUUGUUCAGAUCGAUGCCACUCCGUUCCGCCAGUGGUACGAGAACCACUACGCUCAGAUCCUCGGCAAGAAGAAGCGCCUGACUGAGGAGGAGGCCGCUGAGUCUGCUGCCAACAAGCAGCGCUCGCGCCACCUUCAGCGCACCGUCGCUGCUCGCAAGGGCAACGUCGAGCAGGCUCUGGACGAGCAGUUCGUCUCUGGCCGCCUGUACGCCAUCAUCUCGUCGCGCCCGGGCCAGUCGGGUCGCUGCGACGGCUACAUUCUUGAGGGCAAGGAGCUUGACUUCUACGUCCGCAAGAUCCGCAGCAAGAAGUAAAUUUUGAAAAAAGGGUUUGCUCUUUCGAACUAAAUACUGCC